GACAAAUGACAGCCAGUUCAUUAGCCUACAUCUAAAAAGUUAGUUAUCUGCUUAUUAAUUUUUUCGAUAAUUAUCAAAUUUUAUUUUUCUGUGUUUUCUCAUACAAACGCCGUUUAAAUUCAUUGUAUAUCAAUCUAACUAGCCAUCCUUAGCAUAGCUAAGGAGCGACUGUCAAACUACAGAUAGCUUAGCACAACAAGAAGCUAGCUCGCGCAACGAUGAAUGAACAGUGUUUCGGCGCUCUAUCGCCUUCCCUCAGUCGCGGCGUGGUACUGCAUGUUGGUAGGGGUUCAUGACGAAAAGAAGUAGCGGAUGAUUCGCAGCUGGGGUGAGAAGGGCGGCCAGGGAUGUGUGGAGAAUGAACUGUCGGUGGUAGCGCGGCGGCGGUGGUGGUCAGAAACAAGCCCAUGGAGCAAGAAGGAGGUGGAGGAGCUCCAGCGGUGUACACCGGAGGUCUAAUCCCGCUGCACGAGCACGAGCAGCGGUACUACUCGAGUCUGCAUGGGCUGUGUCAGACGGAUUCCUCAGGGAAUCAGCUGUCCUCCUCAAAGGUGGCCGAGCUCUUCAAGGCGUCUGGGCUACCCGCUGAAAUUCUGCACAAGGUGACGGAGGUGUGCGGUGCCAAGCGGGCGGGCUACUUCGGCACGAGUCAGUUCUACGUGGCCCUCAAGCUGCUGGCCGCCGCCCAGGCCGGUCUCCCCGUCCGUCUAGAGAGCACCUCGGCCAAUCUACCUCUGCCCAGAUUCGCGGGGAUUAAAGCGGAACCAGAUAUGAGAUAUGUUCCCGGCAUCGAGGCCCAAUCCGACAAGUCCCGCAGUUUGGACGCCGGCGCCGAUCAGAAGGAGCCACCACUGCCGCCGCCAGUCAAGUCGCCGCCUUGCUCACCGCUGGCUUACCACACCUACCCGUACGACUCGCUCGGAAAAAGACAGAUGGCCGACUCGCACACGGGCAAUGAGCUAACAACGUCAACUGCAGAAAGCGGCCAACAGCAGGACUGUGACAUCGAUGACCCCUGGAGGAUCACGAAGGAACAGCUGGAGUAUUACACCAAUCAGUUUUUAAGCCUUCAGCCCGAUUUGGGCGCGCUCAUACUAGGUGCUGUCGCAAAGAACUUCUUCACCAAGUCCAAACUUCCCAUACCAGAACUGUCACACAUUUGGCAACUCAGCGACGUGGACCGGGAUGGCGCACUAACCUUCCCAGAGUUCUGCUCGGCUUUCCACUUGAUCGUGGCCCGCAAAAAUGGCUACCCGCUUCCUGAUAGUCUCCCCCUUGGCCUGCGUCCAGGGUUCGGAUCCCUGGAUGAGCACGCCACCUCUCAAGACCAGUGUGUCAAGAAUCCAACAAGUGCAUCCAACACCAAAGAUUCCGAAUACGAAGCUUGUAAAAAACAAGAAUGCAGUUUUGGGGAUGUUGAAACAUUAAAAGAAGGUGCGACUCUGCAACUCCUCACCUUUUCUCGCAGGCCAGAGGCGUCCUCACAUGACCUGGACCUUCACACCAAGACCAAAACCCGGCAAAGAUCGUACUCCAGCACUUCCAUCGACGAUGCCAUGAGAAAGGUGGAGGAGCCUCCAACGCCGCCGCCUCGCCCCCAGAAGAGCCACAGCCGUGCCUCCUCACUAGACCUUAACAAGAUUUUCCAGCAGGGGGCGCCAGCGAUGAAGAGCGGAUGGUUGCCCACUCCUCCGGCGCUACCGCCCAGACCGCCUGCCUCACAGGUUCCUCAAACCAAAGUACAGCAGCCCAACUUUGCAGAUUUUGCAGACUUCAGUCGCUUCAGAGAAGAGGACGAGACCGGCGAUAAACCCGAAGAACGCCGCCAACGCUCCACAUGCCAUCCAAGCACGGAAAAUUCGUCCCUCGCUUCAAAACAGGACCAACAAAUAAAUCAAGCUCCACACAAGCCCACUCGGCGGAAGUACCGGCCGGACAGCCAGAAUCUGGAGUGUUUAGCGCCACCUUGUGGGCUUUAUUUGAAACAGACGCAAAAGCAGAAGCGGGCUAUCCAGACGGCCAUCCGGAAAAACAAAGAAACCAACGCCGUCUUGACACGACUCAACAGCGAGCUCCAGCAGCAGCUCAAGGCUGUCAACCGGGAGCGAGUCGCCUUGGAGACCCAGCUGGACCUCUUGCGACCCGUGGCGUCCGCGUGAUCAGCCGACAAGCGACCGAUCCUGAAAUCACGAUCAGGCUAAGGUUCUGUUUAGCUAAGUAAGACACCCAAUCAGGAAGAAUUUCGCAUCUGAUUGGUUAAAGGAACAGCACACUUGCGAAUAACGAUAAACCUGAACAGGAUUUAGCCAGAUCGUGGUGGAAUAUUGGCUGUGCUUUGACGUUUUGCACGACGAAAGCUGUUUACUUGAUUUAUGUGAAUGUUGAACUCCCUGAGAAAUGAUUUUGUCUCAUUCAUUGAACUCUUGAAGUUACAUUUUUUUAGUUUUGUUCUACUUUGUUAGCUUCAGAUUUGGCAAAAGUUCAGCCAAUAGUGAAAAUUUGCUGGACGCGGAAACAUUGCGCUAAAACAAGAUCAUUGGCAGUGAAUGAUUAAUCUGUCGAUUAAUUUUGUGAUUAAUAGAUUAUUUGAUAGUAAUCUGUCGGCUAAUUUUGCUAUCAAUCUAGUUUUGAAAUAUGAAAUUGCCAGUACAAAUAGUUUGGAGACCCAUCGUCGUUAUUGGCACUAAAACACGUAAAAGACAUCGUCGUCAGUGAAGGAGUUAAUGAUAGAUUAAUCUGUCUAGUAAUUUGUGAUUAAUUGAUUAAUUUGAUCGAUUAAUCUGAUGACAAAUUUUAGGAUUAAUGUAUGAUUUCUAAUAUUGAGUGGCUGAACUGAAACAUUGAAGCAGCGAAUGAGUUCAUUUUGGUUUCGUUCUUUGAAUGUAGCCUUCAUAUUUUCUUACUUUUGGGUCAGACUCUUUGUUUUUAUCAACUCGCACAUGGUUAUAGCCCAUCUAUUUGCCAAACUGUUUCCAAAAACGAUUACAAAUAAAGCUAAAAUGGAAAUAGAGGAAAGAAAAAAAAUGUGGUCAACCAGCACAAAACUUGUAAGUGAAGACUGCAGACGUGCUAUGCAAAGACCAGGUGCUGCUUUGGACUAUUCCUACUGUGAAUGUAUGAUGAUGAUAGCAUGUUUGGGCUGCAUGCUAACCUUGCCGCGACGGUAGAACGAAGUUGUCAUUCAGAAGUGACUAAUAAAGUGGAUUAUUUUUUACCGCUGUC